AUGGAUGCCACUGCUCUAGCCAGAGUGGAAAGGCAAAGACUCGGGCUCGAGUCUAGUAUCACUAAAUUACGUGAAUCACUCCGGCACUGGCAAACCCUGGAAAUUGAUUAUGAGGGAUUGAAGGAAGAAUUUAUGGGACUUUCGGAAGAUUCUUCCAUGGGCGAGUGUCUCCAAGCCGGGCUCGACUUUAAGGCUGAGCUUGUCGAUGAGAAGGAAUUAAAAUCUCUUCUGAGGGUCAACACCCCACCCACUCGCCGUCCCUCACAAUUAGUGGAUCUCCUAUCUAAUCGUAUCGACUAUGUGUCCAAAAAUGUCGAGACAGUGAGAAAGCAGCUUUCAGAUGCAGAGAAGAAAAGAAACGCGCUACUCCUUGCAGAGGAGCCGGAGCAUCGGGACGAUGCCGGACUUCCUUUAGCAGAAAUCACGGAAGAGCUCGACGAAUCCGGAAAUGUCAUUUCGAGCAAAGUGCAGAAUCCAGGAACAGAUGCGCCUCAACUGAUCGAUGUUUUGAAAAAGGUGGGAAUUAAUGAUCUGAAAGAAACUAACGGCACCAUCACAAAAACCAACGUCUCUGCCGGCAAUCACAGAGUUGAGUCAAAUUUGACCAAGCAACAGGAUCCCCAGAACGAUCUUGGGACUGUAUCGCAAACUGAUGCAAAGAUGAGAUCUGACGAUACUGAAGAGGAAGCUCUGUUGCGACAAGAAAUGCUCGAUUAUCGGAAUGGUCUGGAUGAAGUUGGUGCAAUCGUUGCAGAACUUGACCUGGAGGAAGGUGCCUCUGAUUUUUCCUACGACGAAGAUGAUGACAACUUUGAUGUCGAAUCUGACUUUGAUGACGAUGAGGACGACGACGAGUCCGAGGACGAGGCUGGCAAGAGUAAGCAGCGUCUUCGCUUAUCACGAACGUACAAACAGCAAAUGGAGGACUUGCAGGCCAAGUUAGGAGUGAAGAAUAUUGGAGCAGAAGUGGAACCUAAACACGAUUGCGGUCAAGAUACUACUAGCAAUCGGCCUUCAGCAGCUGAAGCUGCUCGUAGGGCAGCUAUAGCAAGACAAACUGGGGCUGCAAAGAGUAGCUUGAAGCCUCACGCCCGUGAAGGUGGACAUGUGUCAAAGGAGAAGCCAAAGAAGAAAAGUGUCGCCUUUUCUUCAGAGCUACAUAUUGCUCCCGGAAAUUCGAAUAAUGAGAAUCCUUCAUCCGGUCAGACGGCAAAUAGCAGCAUCCAGAAGCCAUACGUGAGGCCUGUUGUUGAGUCUGUCAUUGAACGGACAGUUCCCUCAAGUGAAGACGAUGCAAUCACGGCCGGCGCGCCACCAUCAGCAACCCCCAAAAAGUCUCUCUCCAAGUCUAGUCGAGAAUCUAGGUCACGAAAACCCAUCUCUAAAGACUCCGCAAACUCUUCUACCGAACCUGAGAAGGAAGCCGAGUUGAGCUCAACUAGACCAAUCUCACUAUCCACCAUAAUUUCUCGAGAUUUAGUCGAGCGUCCAGCAUCAAAGACUACAGCGGCACCUGAUCCAAACGACUUCUCAGAUGCAUCUCACCAGCGUGAGAUAACAAUGGAGUAUCAACGUAUGCGCAUGAAAAGGAUACAUGCCCAACAGGGUGGAUUCACCGGAGACGGCGAAGACGAUAAUUACGGUGAGGCAAUCACUCCCAUGAGGGAAAAAGAUGAGCAGACGGGCAAGGAGAAAAAGGUCAGUCGUUUCAAAGCCGCCAGGCUCAACCGGUAA